AUGGAGUUAACGCCAUUCUUCAGCCCUGAAUACUUCACAGACCAACCAAAAAAGACAGAACUUAUAAACACCCUUUUGCAAGAUGCGUAUAAGGACAGAAAAAGAGCAAACCUCUCCGCCGAUUGCUUUGGUAAAAAGAAAAGUGGCGACGGCCCCAGAGUGACUGGAGUGUCCUGUAGCCCCAGGCCUUCCUCCCCGCGCGGCCUGGCGGGCGCCCACUACUCCCAAGGCUGGAAGGCAAGGCGCCCAGCGCUCGCACACCCCCGGCCGGGAUUGGCCGGCCAAGCAGUCAUUCAGAGCCGACACGUCAGGGCAGCCGCUCCCUCCCUCCUCCCGCCCUCUUCUCCCCGCGCUUGGCAAGAAAAGCGGGCAACGUGGAGCGGGAACAAAGGACCCCGCGGCCCACGGCGAUCUUGGACACGGUGCCACCCCACUCCAGGCCCCAGGCACAGAUGCCGCCUUGGACCGCGGGAAUACAGAGAUUCCCGCGUCCUCCUUCCGGUAGUCAUCCCUGCCCCGUGGCGCCCUGACCCAGGCCCACAAGGUUCCCUCGAGCAAGUACUCCCGCCCUACUUCCUAUGCCCCAGCUCUCUCCGAGGCAGCCGGCACGCGCCUCAGCAGCCGACGCGACCCGGCAACCAUGGCAGCUCCAGGAGCGCGGGCCCCGCGCGGCGCCGGCUCCUCGCCCCCAGAAAGCCGCGGCAGCGGCUUGGAGCGUCCUCCCCCGGGACCAGGACGCCGCUCCGCGUCUCGCACCGUCUCCCCCAGCCGCCCGCGCCAUCUCUCAGCAAGGACUCCGGUCGCACCCUCUUCCUCUUCCACCGUCUAGGACCUGCGCGUAUUACCUGGUUCAUCUCUGAAGAGAUGGAAAAACUCAUGUCUGGUGUUUCGAUGGGGAGCAGGAGGAAGCGGGCGGGAAUCGGCGCAACGGAAAGCGCCUCGAGGCCGCGGAGGGGGGGAGCGGUCGAGCGGGAAGAGGAGCGGAGGCUGCGAGGAGGGGGCAGGGCCACCGAGGGUUCGUGGGGACUCGCUCACUCGCUCGCUGGCACUGCCGCGCCAAAGCAGCAGGCGGAGAAACUGCCGAGCAGCUCUGAGCGACCGACCUCCACGCGCGUCCCGGAGACACUGCUGCCGCCGCCGCCGCCGCCGCCCGCUCGCGCCGCACCCCCUCGCACGUCACCACGUGCGCCGCCGCCGCCGCCGCCAAGGCCUCCAGGCUGCUUCCGGCUCGAACCGUCGGCGAAUCACAAGCGAGCACCAGAAAGCUCCGGCUCGCGGCCCCGCCCACCGUUCGCCCCGCCCCGUCCUUCUCCUUCGCCCCCUUGGGUUCGUUCCCUUCCUGCUGGGCUCAAGGCGGCUAUCCCUUCGGAGAACAGUCCGUUCUUUGCUGGUCUUGCCCUCUUUUGGAAAAAGAAAAUAGCCUGGAGAAUCUGCAGUCCCUAUCCUAACCUUCUGGGGCCAUUUAGACCUCAUACCAAACCUAGUUAUCCACCCUGCCACUUUGCCCCCAAGAGGCAAACCCGUUCCAGGGACACAUGAGGUAUACUGGGCUCUGACGGCAACUUCAUGUGACUGAAGAGCAUGCCGGAAAGUUUCCUAGAUUAAAGGCAACUCCAGACUCGAGCCUAUCCAAUUACUAUAUAAUCCAGAUGAAAACUUGAAAAUGGAACACUGGCAAUUUCAACCCUAUAAGGAGUGAAGCCUGACUGAACCUAGAAAGGCAAUAAACCUUCCUUUGGAGACUUUCUCCUAAGAGAGGAGUUUCCAUGAGCCAUUGCCGGCAACAGCGGUCGGGAAUCCGAUGAUCCUCCUCCUGACGAAUCAUUGGAAGGUGAAUAGUAGCCUAACUUUACAUCACAACACCUGCGUCUGCGUGGUUCACUGUUCACUUCGCUUCGCUUCAUCUCAUCCUGGAGGCAUUUUAUCCUCUCCGUCAUCACAAGAAAGGUACCAGCUGUCAGCUGUGGUGAAAAGUGGAGAUUCUCCUUCUAAAGAACCCUGAGGGAGAGACAGAGCAUGAACAGGGGAGGGUCAGAGAG